AUGAACGCCUCGGUGGCCGGCAGCCAGCUGCGACAGCCGCACGACGUGGCCGCCUUCACCCCGGUGUCCAUCGUGCGCGGCGUGGGGCGGCGCUCGGACGCGCUGCCCGUCAUCUCGGGGAUCGUGCUGCUGUUCGUGCUGCUGGCCGUGCUCAUCGUGCUGGCCGUGCACUUCGGGCCGCAGCUGCGCACCGUGCAGGUCACGCUGUACCACGAGCCCAUGGGGCAGCGCCCGGACAGCGUGCUGCUCACGCGCUGGAGGCGGCUGGAGCCCUCGGCUGGGGUCACCUGCCACUGCUCCUGCGGCCACCAGCUUCCCCACGGCACUGCUGAGCCCAACGUCAUCGAGAUCACCUACCUGUGACACUGCUGAGCACAGUGCCAUCGAGAUCACCUACCUGUGACACUGCUGAGCCCAGCGUCAUCGAGAUCACCUACCUGUGACACUGCUGAGCCCAGUGUCACCAACAUCACCUACCUGUGACACUGCUGAGCACAGUGCCAUCGAGAUCACCUACCUGUGACACUGCUGAGCCCAGUGUCACCAACAUCACCUACCUGUGACACUGCUGAGCACAGUGUCACCAACACCACCUACCUGUGACACUGCUGAGCCCAGUGCCAUCGAGAUCACCUACCUGUGACACUGCUGAGCCCAGUGCCAUCGAGAUCACCUACCUGUGACACUGCUGAGCCCAGUGCCAUCGAGAUCACCUACCUGUGACACUGCUGAGCCCAGUGUCACCAACAUCACCUACCUGUGACACUGCCCUGGGCCACCUGCUGGAAAAGCUGUGAUGGGAGGGAUGUUUGUGUGUCCUGGGACUCACUGCUGCUCACACACGGAGGCUGCAUCACCCCAGAGCCGUGUCUGGCCCCAGGAGAGCUCAGCCAGGACGUUUGGUGACCCAUCACCAGCCCCCAAAAGUCCAGCCUAGGGGUGCCACUGUCCCCAGGCAGGAGCUGGGUCCCAGUCCAGGCUCUGGAGCCAGCUCAGCCUACGUGGGACAGCUUUAUCCUCUCUUCUGUUUUUCCCUGCCCUAGUUUUCCCCGCCCUGGUUUUACCUGUCCCACGCUGCCUGGGAGGGGCCAGCAGAGCUGCCUCGGUCCUUGCCCCAGCUGGGGAGCUCUGGGGCUGUGCUCAGCCCCUGGUAGUUGCUGGAAGUUGCAUCAUCUGGAAUUGCUUUCCAGUGAAAGAUGUUUCCACACUCACAAUGUCCUCGUUGCACUCUUUAUAUGGCACAGAGAAGCUCCCAGCCCCUCCGUGCCCCAUGGCACAGCCCCUUUUCCCACCCUGGGGGGCUGGAACAUGGUCCUGCCCUGCCAGCGCCCCCAGCCCCCGGGCACACAGCCAGAGGAGAGGAGGGCAGAGGAUGCAGCUCCUGAGUCUGCGUUGGGUGGCGCCAGUGACAGGGACAACGUGUCCUGUCCCCAGUGGGUGAGAGAGAGGCACGUCACAGCUGGUUGAACAUCUGGAGGUGUUGGCACCCGAGGGGCAGAGCCUGCAGCAUCUCUGUGCGAAGGGAUGGGGGGACCU